AUGGCGAUUAAAACUGUCGAAGAGUCUUGGAAGAUAAUUGAAUCGUGGCUUAAGGAAAUGGCCAAAUCAGAUGGAAACUAUUCCAAAGUAUUGGAUGCAUUAAACCCUCCAGCCACCGAUGAGCAAAUCAAGGAUUUAGAACAGAAGUUAAACGGGAUUGAAUUACCAAAAUCGUACAUUCAAGCAUUGAAGACCCACAACGGGAUUGCUAAUGAGACUUCUUUUUUCAACUCGGGGGUCCUGUUUUUACCAAUAGAAGAUGUGAAUGUUCAAUGGAAGAUUUGGUGGGACUUGUUACAAGAUGGGACUUUUGAUGAUAUGGACGAUUCUGGGGUACACAUUGAAGGAGUUCAACCAGUAUGGUAUGAUGCUAAAUGGAUCCCAUUCACCCAUAAUGGCGGAGGUGAUCAUCUUUGUAUUGAUUUAAAUCCAACCAAGGAUGGCCAAAUUGGCCAAAUAAUUGAGAUGUGGCAUGACGAUGGAGACCGUAGCAAGCUAGCUUUGAGUUUCGAAGAAUAUUUCAGUAAAUUUGCCGACGAACUUGUUGGUGGGAAAUACUCGGUGGAUGAAUAUGGCUUGAUCCAUGAGGAUGAUUGA